CCCCGCCCAGCCUCGGGGUUGUCGCGGGCGCCGGAGCGGAGGAGCUGCAGCCUGGGCCCGGGCGGGAAAGGGGACGCGAGCGGAGCGUGUGCCGCGACUGCGCGGCGGGUGACAGGGGUCUGCUAUAAAAUGGGACUUCUGAUUAUAUUCAUUGGACUGUGGCUGCUUUCCUCAGUAAAAGCAGAUUCAAAAGCCAUUACAACCUCUCUUACAACAAAAUGGUUUUCUACUCCAUUGUUAUUGGAAGCCAGUGAGUUUUUAGCAGAAGACAGUCAAGAGAAAUUUUGGAAUUUUGUAGAAGCCAGUCAAAAUAUUGGAUCAUCAUAUCAUCACGGUACUGAUUAUUUCUAUUAUCAUGAAAUACUGGAAGCUGCAUUUGAAUUUCUGACACCUCUACAGCAGAAUUUGUUGAAAUUUUGUCUAUCUCUUCGUUCCUACUCGGCUACAAUUCAAGCCUUCCAGCAGAUCGCUGCUGAUGAACCUCCACCAGAAGGAUGUACUUCAUUUUUUUCAGUGCAUGGAAAGAAGACUUGUGAUUUUGAUACCCUUGAGACUCUUCUACUAACAGCGUCUGAAAGGCCCAAGCCUUUAUUGUUCAAGGGAGAUCACAGAUAUCCCUCUUCUAAUCCUGAAAGUCCAGUGGUGAUUUUCUACUCUGAGAUUGGCUAUGAAGAAUUUUAUAAUUUCCACCUCCAACUUAAAUCAAAAAGCAAUGCAGGCAAAAUCAAUUACAUACUCAGACACUAUAUAUCUAAUCCCAGGAAGGAACCUGUUUAUCUCUCUGGCUAUGGUGUGGAAUUGGCUAUUAAGAGCACUGAGUACAAGGCCAAGGAUGAUACUCAGGUGAAAGGAACUGAAGUAAAUACCACAGUGAUUGGUGAAAAUGAUCCUAUUGAUGAAGUUCAAGGAUUCCUUUUUGGAAAGUUAAGGGACCUGUACCCUAACCUGAAGGGAGAAUUGAAAGAGCUCAGAAAGCAUCUUGUGGAGAGCACCAAUGAAAUGGCACCUUUAAAAGUUUGGCAAUUGCAAGAUCUAAGUUUCCAGACUGCUGCACGAAUCUUGGCUGCUCCUGUUGAGUUAGCUUUGGUGGUGAUGAAGGAUCUUAGUCAGAAUUUUCCUACCAAAGCCAGAGCAAUAACUAAAACAGCUGUGAGUUCAGAACUUAGAACUGAAGUGGAAGAGAACCAGAAGUAUUUCAAAGGAACCUUAGGAUUACAGCCUGGAGAUUCGGCACUAUUUAUCAAUGGACUUCAUAUUGAUUUAGAUACACAGGACAUAUUCAGUCUGUUUGAUAUCUUGAGGAAUGAAGCUCGGGUAAUGGAAGGUCUGCAUAGAUUGGGAAUAGAAGGCCUCUCUCUGCACAAUGUUUUGAAACUGAACAUCCAGCCCUCAGAGGCCGACUAUGCAGUAGACAUCAGGAGUCCUGCUAUUUCAUGGAUCAACAACCUAGAGGUUGAUAGCAGAUAUAAUUCAUGGCCUUCUAAUCUACAAGAGUUGCUUCGACCCACCUUUCCUGGUGUUAUUCGGCAGAUCAGGAAAAACUUGCAUAAUAUGGUUUUCAUAGUUGAUCCUGUUCAUGAGACCACAGCAGAACUGAUUAACACAGCCGAGAUGUUCCUUAGUAAUCAUAUACCACUAAGAAUUGGUUUGAUCUUUGUUGUUAAUGAUGCUGAAGAUAUUGAUGGGAUGCAAGAUGCUGGAGUGGCUGUUUUGAGAGCCUAUAAUUAUGUUGCUCAAGUAGUGGAUGAUUUUCACGCCUUCCAAACUUUGACACAUAUAUAUAACAAAGUUAGGACAGGUGAAAAAGUGAAAGUUGAACAUGUGGUCAGUGUCCUGGAGAAGAAAUACCCAUAUGUAGAAGUAAACAGCAUUUUGGGAAUUGAUUGUGCUUAUGAUCAGAAUCGAAAGGAAGCAAGAGGCUACUAUGAGCAAAUUGGAGUUGGUCCACUGCCUGUUGUUCUGUUCAAUGGGAUGCCCUUUGAAAAGGAGCAGCUCGAUCCUGAUGAGUUGGAAACCAUCACAAUGCACAAGAUCCUGGAGACCACCACCUUCUUCCAGAGAGCAGUGUACUUGGGUGAAUUAUCCCAUGAUCAAGACGUGGUAGAAUAUAUCAUGAAUCAACCAAAUGUUGUUCCACGAAUCAAUUCUAGGAUUUUGACAGCAGAGCGAGAAUAUCUGGAUUUAACAGCAACUAAUAACUUUUUUGUGGAUGACUAUGCUAGAUUUUCUGUCUUGAAUUCCCAAGAGAAGACUGCUGCUAUAGCCAAUAGUAUGAAGUAUCUGACAAAAAAAGGAAUGUCCUCCAAGGAAAUCUAUGAUGAUUCUUUCAUUAGGCCAGUAACUUUUUGGAUUGUCGGGGAUUUUGAUAGACCUUCUGGAAGGCAAUUAUUGUAUGAUGCUAUUAAACAUCAGAAAUCCAGUAACAAUGUUAGAAUAAGCAUGAUCAAUAAUCCUAGUGAAGAGGUGAGCUCUGAAAACUCUAAAAUCUCCAGAGCAAUCUGGGCAGCUCUCCAGACGCAGACCUCCAACUCUGCUAAGAACUUUAUCACAAAAAUGGCUAAAGAGGAAACUGCAGAGGCCCUGGCUGCAGGAGCUGACAUUGGGGAGUUCUCUGUUGGGGGCAUGGAUUUCAGACUUUUUCAAGAGGCCUUUGAGUUCUCCAAAAUGGAUUUCAUUUUGUCUCAUGCCAUGUACUGCAGGGAUGUUCUGAAGCUGAAGAAGGGACAGAGGGCAGUGGUCAGCAAUGGACGGAUCAUUGGGCCCCUGGAGGAUAGUGAGCUCUUUAAUCAAGAUGAUUUCCACCUCCUGGAAAAUAUCAUCUUAAAAACUUCAGGACAGAAAAUCAAGUCUCAUAUUCAACAACUUCGGGUAGAAGAAGAUGAGGCUAGUGACUUGGUAAUGAAGGUGGAUGCUCUCCUGUCAGCUCAACCGAAAGGUGAUACAAGAGUUGAGUACCAGUUUUUUGAAGACAAGCACAGUGCAAUUAAAUUGAGCCCAAAGAAAAGGGAGACAUACUUUGAUGUCGUGGCUGUCAUUGACCCUGUCACCAGAGAAGCACAGAGACUUGCCCCAUUGCUCUUGGUUUUAACUCAGCUGAUCAACAUGAAUUUAAGAAUAUUUAUGAACUGCCAAUCAAAACUUUCUGAUAUGCCUUUGAAAAGUUUUUACCGUUAUGUAUUAGAACCAGAAAUUUCUUUCACGUCAGAACAUAGCUUUGCCAAGGGUCCAAUAGCAAAAUUUUUGGACAUGCCGCAGUCUCCUUUGUUCACUCUGAAUUUGAAUACCCCUGAGAGCUGGAUGGUAGAGUCUGUCAGAACACCAUAUGAUCUUGAUAAUAUUUACUUAGAAGAGGUGGACAGUAUAGUGGCUGCUGAAUAUGAGCUGGAGUACCUGUUACUAGAAGGUCACUGCUAUGACAUCACCACAGGCCAACCCCCACGAGGACUGCAGUUUACAUUAGGAACUUCAGCUAACCCUGUCAUCGUGGAUACCAUUGUUAUGGCCAAUCUGGGCUACUUCCAGUUAAAAGCCAAUCCAGGCGCUUGGAUUCUCAGACUAAGGAAGGGACGUUCUGAAGAUAUUUACAGAAUUUACAGCCAUGAUGGUACAGAUUCUCCUCCUGAUGCCAGUGAAGUUGUUGUUGUCCUCAACAACUUUAAGAGUAAAAUUAUUAAAGUGAAGGUUCAGAAGAAGGCAGAUAUGGUGAAUGAAGAUUUGCUGAGUGAUGGAACUAAUGAGAAUGAAUCUGGAUUUUGGGACUCCUUUAAAUGGGGCUUUUCAGGAGGACAGAAGACUGAGGAUGUGAAACAAGAAAAAGAUGACAUCAUCAAUAUUUUCUCUGUUGCAUCUGGUCAUCUCUAUGAAAGAUUUCUUCGCAUAAUGAUGCUCUCAGUACUGAAGAAUACCAAGACUCCUGUGAAAUUCUGGUUCUUGAAGAAUUAUUUGUCCCCCACAUUUAAGGAGUUCAUACCUUACAUGGCAAAUGAAUACAACUUCCAAUAUGAGCUUGUUCAGUACAAAUGGCCCCGAUGGCUUCAUCAACAGACUGAAAAGCAACGUAUCAUCUGGGGUUACAAGAUACUCUUCUUAGACGUGCUUUUUCCACUAAUUGUUGACAAAUUUUUGUUCGUGGAUGCUGAUCAGAUUGUACGAACAGAUCUGAAAGAGUUAAGAGAUUUCAAUUUGGAUGGUGCCCCGUAUGGUUAUACUCCUUUCUGCGAUAGCCGAAGAGAAAUGGAUGGAUACCGGUUCUGGAAAUCAGGAUACUGGGCCAGUCACUUAGCUGGACGAAAGUAUCAUAUCAGUGCACUUUAUGUCGUGGAUUUGAAGAAAUUUAGGAAAAUAGCUGCUGGUGACAGACUCAGGGGACAGUACCAAGGUCUGAGUCAGGAUCCUAAUAGCCUUUCAAAUCUGGAUCAAGAUUUGCCCAAUAACAUGAUCCAUCAGGUGCCAAUUAAGUCCCUCCCUCAAGAAUGGCUUUGGUGUGAAACAUGGUGUGAUGACGCCUCUAAGAAAAGAGCGAAAACCAUUGAUUUGUGUAAUAAUCCAAUGACCAAAGAGCCCAAACUGGAAGCUGCUGUUCGAAUUGUCCCAGAAUGGCAGGACUAUGAUCAAGAGAUCAAACAGCUACAGAUCCGUUUUCAGGAAGAGAAAAAAAAGGGAGCAUUAUAUAGAGAGACAACAAAAGAGCCAAGUCAAAAAGGACCUCAGACACGUGAAGAAUUAUGAUCUCCUGAAGAGGAUAGGAAAUGACACUAUUUGAAAAACAGUUUUUAUAUUAAAUGCUAGUUUUUUCUGAUUUGUCUAAUACAACUGCUGAUAAACUGGCUGGGCAGGUAGGUGUGCCACACCUUUUGAUUCUGAGCAUUUGAUUUUGGCAUUGGCACACCAGUGGACUCUGGAUCAUUGGGGUUAAAGCUCUAUGGGAUUUGUACCUCAGAGGAAGAAAAUGGCUGAUCCUUUGGGACUCUGUAAAGAGCAGUCUUCUCACCAGAUAAAGUAGCAAAGGAAACUGGAAGAAAGUGAGUCCUGUGGUGCCCACACCCAUGAGCAAGCAGGUGCCGGGCUAGGAAGGAGGUCGUCAGCUGGAGCCACCAUUUUCUUCUUACCUCAAUUCACUGGCCUGGAGCUCAGUCUGCAGCUGGCACACCGGUGUGGGUGUGCCCUCUGUGGGGCCUGCAGGAGCUUGAUCCAAGGUUCAUACACUUCAAGGUUUCAGCCAGUGCUCUUGGGUCCUUUUUGCAUUCUCUCCCAAGCAUUAUGCUCAUUGUUGAAAUGAAACGUAACCAAUAAUCAGUUGUCUUCAGGGUUGGCUUGGGGCAAAUUAAAUUUGGGACAGGAUCAGGGGGUGGGUUGGAAUGAGGGUAGGCAAAAUACUAGGAUUAGGAGGGCUCUGGGGCCCAGUGGGGGGAAGUGAAGAAGAUUAGAAAUUGGUUCUUUUAAAAAUAGCAUCCAUUUGUGACUCAUUUGAGAGGAAAACAUUACUUUUAUUCCCCACCCAACCAUGGCAAACUUUUUAGGUAAUCGUUUUGUAAACAAUUUUUCUAUUUUGAAAGUCUGUGCUUUUUCUCCCCAUUUUCUAAAAAAAAAAAAGAAAAAAAAACCAAAACAAAACCGUCCAUUAUGGAUUUCCUUACUGGAUACAGCCAUAGUAAACCCUCAGGUGAUCUAACUUAGAGGGCUCAGGGCUCCCAGGAAGGUCACCACAUCAUUUGCCUUCUCCUCUGUAGAAUUUUCUCUCUCAGACCCAGGGGAGAGUGACUUUCCUCUACAAAAUCCCCCCAACCCCCACCCAGCUCUGAGACAGGAGAUAUUUUGACUGUCUAAUUCAGUUUUUUCUAGACACUGUUCUAUCUUUUGGUUUUGCGCUGUGGGCUGCCUUUGGCUUGUGGAAAUAGCUGUGCUCCGCCCGUUCUGAUUCCACAUGCAAAGCACCACUAGCUCAUUAAGUCAUUACAUUUUGCCUUUUACUUCUGUAGUCCAGAGUAGUCCUUCUCGGGAAGCCCUUGCUGCUGCAGUGCCUGAGGACACCCACAUGGAGUCUUCUGUGAGAUUUUGCCUGCGUGGGUUGAGACUCCAGGCCCUGCCCUCCACCUGCUCAGGCUGAAGGGAGAGCACUCAUGGGCUGUGCCUCCUAAUGUAUGGAGUUCUUGUCUUUCAUGUUGUGCUUGCUUUUUAAAAAUAUGAAGAGGGGGUGCAAAUGGAUAGCUGUUACCCCACUCUUUGAAAAGACUGAUUUACAUUCUUUUUUAAAAAUACCAGUCUUACCACAGAUAUCAAGUAAUGUAUUUUUUUCUAAUUCAUGCACAAAAUAUUGCUUAGGAGUCUCCCAGUCAUACUGACCAGGAGCUUUUGAAUUUGCUUUCUUAAAUUCCAUUAAAAAUUAGGGAGAGGGCUCAAAGGAUAAUUAGAUAAAUGGCUAAAAAGCUCCUUCAGAAUAAUUGCUCUUGAAAAAGAUUGUAGUAUGACCAACCUCCCACCCUCUCACUUCCUCCUGCCCUUUACCAGUCAGAGAAACUGAAGGUAUAGGGUCAAUGGGAGGGAAAACAUUUGCUCAGCUUCAUCUUAGACUUAGUUAAGCCUUAGGUUUCUACUGCUGGCGCUUCUGUCUACAACCAUGGACAGACUUGUGCAUUUUCCCAGAUUAUUUCCUGGGAGGUUGAGCAGGAAAUACUAAAGUCACUGGAUAUGCUGUUAAAAUGCUGGUUCCCUUGGGAUAUGGAACUGGUCACCUUUCUCCAUGUCUUCCUGCCAGAUCUUUCAUGCAUAUUCCGUGUAAGGAAGGUGCCAUGUGAAACCUGUUUUCUGUGUAGUUUGUAUGUCCUCAUUGCCCCUUUUUGUCACCACUGAAAUGUCAGUCUUAUUCAUAGUGAAAUCUAAAUUUACAAGACCCAAUUGCUUCUAGAAUGACCUAAGAUCCUCCUCUUGCCAGUAAUUCUCGGUUCAAGUGGCAUAAAGCUCUAAUGCUCUAGGAAAUAGUUACAUCUAAGAGCUGUUCUUGGUCACUCUUCUCUACUACAUGAAAGCAAGUUGUGACUGAAAAA